GCUCCAGGACAGACUGCCAUGGCUGACGGGCUGGGGUCGCGGGCUGCCGGCCGCCCGGCUCGGGCUCCCCGGUCGUCGCGAAGCGCCACGGGUACUAAACAGAAGAAAGCCUUGAAAUCAGAAGAUGUUUCUAAAAGGAAAGCAGAACUAGAAGCAGCUGUGAGGAAGAAGAUUGAGUUUGAGAGAAAAGCUCUACGUAUUGUUGAACAGCUUUUAGAAGAGAAUAUUACAGAAGAAUUCCUGAAGGAAUGUGGGAAAUUUAUAACACCUGCUCACUACAGUGAUAUCGUGGAUGAGCGUUCUAUUAUCAAACUUUGUGGUUACCCCUUAUGUCAGAAGAAAUUGGGAAUUGUACCAAAGCAGAAAUACAAAAUUUCUACCAAAACCAAUAAAGUAUAUGAUAUUACUGAAAGAAAGUCUUUUUGCAGUAAUUUUUGUUACAAAGCAUCCAAGUUUUUUGAAGCACAAAUUCCUAAAACUCCAAUAUGGGUUCGAGAAGAAGACAGGUAUCCUGAUUUUCAGCUGCUAAAGGAAGGACAAAGCGGUGAUUCUGGUGAGGAAGUACAGUUACGCAGUGAAGCUGUGAAAGCAUCAGAUAUUGAUAAUCCUGGGCAUUUUGAAAAGCAGUGUGAAUCUGGUUCAUCUAGCACUUGUAGUGACAGUGCCAGUGAUAAUGAACAAGAUUUUAUUUCUUCCAUUCUAUCACAAAACAAGCCAAGUGAAAUGUGUAUGAAGCCACAGCUGCACAAGAAGAACAUAAUGAAAAAGAAAACUGGUGAAAAAGUGAACUCUAAACACACAGACCAAGAAGAGACGGUAGUAGAUAUCACCAGGCAGUUAAGCAGCUGCGGAUUAGAUAGUCAGGAUAAACCUUGUGAACUUCCUUCACAGAAAAACACUCAGAUUUCUUCAAACAGUCCUGUGCAAGAAAGAUUGAAAGCUACAGAAAAUUCUGAAAAUCAGUACAGUGUAUCAGAAAUAACUCUAGUGGGUAUAAGUAAGAAAAGUGCUGAACAUUUUAAGAAGAAAUUUGCCAGAUCAAAGCAAGUUUCUAGUUCAGUGCAAGUGUGUCCUGAAAUUGCAAAGACAAAUUUACUUCAAGUCCUGAAGGAGACUUUGAUAGAGUGGAAGACAGAAGAAACUCUGAGGUUUUUACAUGGUCAGAAUUAUGCUUCUGUGUGUGUAAAGCCGUCUUCAGCAUCUCUGGUUAAUGAAGAGCUUGAUGAAGAUGACAUAAACUCUGAUACAGAGAGUCACUGUCCUGCUUUGAGGGAGUCCCAGAGCAGCUUGGAUGAAUCUCUGCCUUUUAGAGGGUCAGAGACAGCCAUUAAACCACUACCAAGUUACGAGCUCCUGAAAAAAGAAACUGAAACACUAAAUCUGAGGAUCAGAGAAUUUUUUAGAGGACGUUAUGUUUUGAAUGAAGAAACCACCAAAUCAGAAGACUCAGAAGAGCAUGACCCUACCUUUCCGCUGGUAGAUUCAAAUGCUCAGAGCCAGAUCAGAAAACGCAUCGUACUUGAGAAACUGAGUAAAGUAUUACCUGCCCUUCUGGGCCCUCUUCAGAUUACAUUAGCAGAUAUUUACACACAGCUUAAAAACCUUGUCCGAACUUUCAGGUUAACAAAUAGAAAUAUUAUACACAAACCUGCAGAAUGGACUUUAAUUGCUAUGGUGUUACUGUCAUUACUGGCCCCAAUCCUUGGCAUUGAGAAGCAUUCACGGGAAAAUGUGUUUACCCAGUUCUUAGCCACCCUGCUGAGUGAAUUACAUUUAAAGAAUGAAGACCUUGAAAGUUUAACCAUCAUAUUUAGAACAAGCUGUCAACCAAAAUGAUAUAAGCCAAGAAGGCAACAUAGAAGAUGGAUUUUUCCUCACCAUUUCCAGAAUUCUAGCCCAGUAGUGACCUGACAAUGAGCUCUGUUAGUUCAAAACGCACAGACAGACUCUUCCAGGUAGAGGACUGUUACUCCAGCCAGGAGAACCAAGUCCCUGAUCCUUAGCUGCAAGACAUGAUACUUUCACUUGAAAAUGAAAGCU